AUGCUUGGACAAAAAGAGGAACUUCCAGAAGCAGGUUAUGCUAAAGAUGGUGAAGAAGUGCUUGCGGCCUUUAAUAAGAUGCAGUGUGAAUGGUCUGAGAAAGGCGGUGAAGCGAGUGUUGCUAUCACUAAUAAAACAGAUACAAAAUUGGCUAUGAAAAUCAAAUCAUCCGAUAAUAACCUCUUCAGAGUUCGACCAGUCUAUACAAACAUUGAACCUGGAAAAUCAGUAGAUCUUGGUAUCUAUCGCAGCGCUGGACCAGUAAAGAACGACAGAAUAGUGGUCGUUCUAACGAAAAACACAACUGAUAAUCCUGCUGAGAAAGUGUAUGAAGAUAAGACCAUAAAAACAAUAACAACGAUAAUACGACAGACAGGAAAGGAACCAAAAGAUGAGGAACACGUUGCUAUACAACAAAAGGUAGAAGAAAAACCACAGGAAGGGAAGCCAUCAGGUCAGCUUCCACACCAUAUUACUUCAGAACUGAGAGAACCACUAAACAAGUUAUUGACUAUUACAGAGAAAGAACAAAAAGUAGAAGAAAAACCACCGGCUUCAAAGGAGGAUAAAACAGGUGGGAAAUUAUUUCUAACUUCCGAACUAGAAGUCUCAUACAGGUGUGCGAGAGCAAGAACCACCGAUAAAACCACCAGGAUCGACCCAGUUUUCACAAACAUUGAGCCAGGAAAAUCAGCAGAUGUUGCAAUAAUCCGCAGUGCAGCGCCAGCAAAAGAAGAUAAACUCGUAGUUGUGCUAGCGAAAAAUCCCACAAAUGUGGCUCCCGAAACAGUGUACAAAGAUAAGAGCAUUCCGACCUCAACUAUGAUACUUCCGCAGAAACCGAUAGCAAGAUAGGAAGUAUAGAGAACAACACAAAUUUGCGUC